UGCCCGAAAAGUCGCUCUUGCGCAUGCGCUGAAGCGUUCCUCUCUUACGAAAACACCUGCGCCGUGACGAUUAAUUUUCAGUCAAAGGAAUGUGAACUGAUGUAAACAAUAGCAUGCUGACCUAUGCUGUUGCCGCUUUUUUAUCAGUGGCACUGGCAGUGUGGUUCAUCCCUUUCGAGUGGCACGUUAAACCUGCACAGGAACCCGUCCAGGGGCCCCCUGGGAGGCUCCUGAGUAGGCGGGAAUUGUCCCUGUACGACGGAGAGAAGGACAGCAAGGGCCUCUACCUGGCCUUACUGGGGCAGGUUUUCAAUGUACACAAGGGCUACAAGCAUUAUGGACCCGGUGGUGCUUAUCAGUCCAUGGCAGGUAAAGAUGCUUCACUGGCCUUCAUCACUGGGGACUUCACAGAGAGUGGCCUGACGGAUGAUGUGUCCAGUCUGUCCCCUCUGCAGAUGGUGGCCCUUUAUGACUGGCUGGCCUUCUAUCAGAGAGAGUACCAGGCAGUUGGGGUGUUGGCAGGCCAGUUCUAUGAUGAAAAUGGACAGCCCACAGAGGCCCUAUUGCGAGUGAAAGCACUGCUGGCAGAGGGACAGCGUAUCAAAGCCCAGUCUGAAGCUGAAAAAACACUAUUUCCAGCCUGCAACUCAGAGUGGAGUGCUGGAAAGGGUGGAAGGGUCUGGUGCUCCACUAAGAGCGGUGGAGUGAUGCGAGACUGGACCGGUGUCCCGCGGAAACGCUUCUCUCCGGGUUCCAGUGGAGAGCGCUGCGUCUGUGUUAAAGAUCCAUCCAUAGCAGAGGAAGAUCCCAACCUACAGAGAUACAACGGCUGCCCUCCACAUGCUGACUCAUGCCCUGUAAGAGAGGACUAGUCUCUGGGUCGACCCCCUAAAAUUGACCAAUUCCCCACCGCUUUUUAAAAGCACAAAACUUUAGAAAAGACAAGGACUUAAGCCAGUAAAACCAAGUUGUUGUUUUUUUAUAUGCAAUAAAAUGAUUAAUGAAAACAC